AAUGUGUCAAGAGUUUAUACAUUCAGCAGCCAUAGGAAUCGUUUCGAAAUCGAGGAAGGGGAUAAACGCAGUACCGAGGAGUGUUCUAGAGCGAGUGAGGGUCCCAAGAUGAUUAUCACCGUCAAGACGCUACAACAAAAGACGUUCAAGAUCGAGAUAGACGACGCGGAGAAUGUUACAGCUCUCAAACAGAAGAUCGAGCAAGAACAAGGCGCUGCUUUCCCUGCCGCAAACCUGAAGCUGAUCUAUGCUGGUAAGAUCUUGAAUGAUGUUAACAUUCUCAGCGAGUACAAUAUUCAAGAAUCAAAUUUUGUUGUUGUUAUGGUCAGUAAAUCGAAAGCAGCCAAGACCACUACAGAGGCUACUUCGUCACAACCUCAGCAGCAAACAGCAACUUCUGGUGCCACGUCAGCUACUGCACAAGAAAGUUCUGCCAGUAGAGAGGGUGAGGCAGAGUCGAGCCAGCAGGCGCAGCCAGUGACAUCGACUGCCGCCACUAGCGUCCCUUCGUCAGACCCGCAACAGCAGAGUGCUACCGGUCCCUCCACAACCCCGACUGCCGACUCCACAGCUGGUACUGUCGCCACUGAUGGAGGAGGAGGAGAAGGAGGAGAAGAAGGAUCCUCUGAAUGGACUGCCUCAGCCUCCACACUGGUGAGAGGUUCAGAGUACGAAGCAGCACUUGAGAGCCUGAUGGGGAUGGGCUACGAGAGGGCAGAGGUCGUGCGAGCUCUCAGGGCCAGCUUCAACAACCCAGACAGAGCAGCUGAAUACCUUCUCACUGGAAUUCCUGAGAACCUAGUGGAGGAUCCUGCACCACCAGAGCCCCAACAGCAACCACAGCAGCAACCACAGCAGCCUCAACAACCACCCGUCCAGGUACCAGCAGAGCAGCCAGCUCAGCAGCAGCAGCCGGGAGCCGUAGUCCAACCUCCAGCAGUGAACCCUCCUCCCUCUGGCGGGGGGGAGCCUCAGGCCGUGGCUCAGGGUACCGGGGUGCCACGACAACUAGAGUUCCUGCAGACGCAACCUCAAUUCCAGAACCUUCGUCAGGUGCUACAGAGGAACCCGGAGAUGCUCCAACCUCUUCUCCAGACAAUUGGACAGAGCAAUCCUCAACUGCUUCAAUUGAUAAGCCAAAACCAGCAGGAGUUUAUCAGAAUGAUUAACGAGCCAGUCCCAGCGGGUCAGGGAGGUCAACAGGGUGCAGUCGGGGGACAGCAGCUGGGGGCCCAGGGGCAGGGAACGCCCUACACAACCAUCCAAGUCACCGCAGAGGAAAAGGAGGCAAUCGAACGGUUAAAGGCUCUGGGAUUUGAAGAACAUCUUGUCGUGCAGGCCUACUUUGCGUGUGACAAGAACGAGCAACUCGCUGCGAACUUUUUGUUUGAUUCCGACAAGUAGAAGUGCACUAGUACAGUAGUGGUAUCAUACAACAGUUUAUUGGAGGGGGUGGAAGUACUCUGAAAUAUUUACACACACACACACACGUUGGUGAAAGAGCUGUAUUGUUGCCCUGCCUCGUUGGCAUAUGUGCGCAUGCGCUUAUUCUGGACGCGCGCACGUGUUCAACCGUGCGAACUUUGACCUGCCAAAGCAGGGUACGUGAUGGAGCUGAACAGUUCUACGGCUGGGAGGGAGGGACAGGAGAGUAAAGUGAGAGAAUUCAUGAAAAAGAAGGAGGAAGAGUUGCAACGUAGCUGCCAAGUCGACGAGAACCGAGAAGACUGUUACCACUAUGCCGAGUUCAUGAAGAGCCUGGAUGCCCAGAAGGCUGCAGAGAUCCACCGCAGCACGUGUGAGGGCAUGGGACUCUUAGACAGCUGUCUCGCUCUUGGGAACAUGCACUAUGUCGGCCACGGAGUACCUAAGGACUUGUCCAAAGCUCUCUCUAUCUUUGAGACGGCCUGCGAGAAGGGGUCGAGUGGAGCGUGCAACAAUGCAGGACUUGUCUGGAAAACUUCGAGACCCGACGUACAGGCAGACUAUAGUCGAGCUGCUGAGUUUUUCCACAGGGCUUGCAACGGUGGUCACAAGAACGGGUGUUUCAACCUCAGUGCGCUCUACCUGCAGGGGAGUAGUCUGGUGCCCAAGAACAUGCCGAAGGCACUCGAGUUCUCGUUGAGAAGUUGCGAGCUGGGUCAUCCAUACGGCUGUGCCAAUGCAGCGAGGAUGUACCUACUGGGAGACGGUGUUGAGACUGAUGCAGGAAAAGCAGAAGAACUCAAAAAGAAAGCCAAAAAGCUUAUUAACUCCUAACCAACCUCUCCAUGUGUGUAGUAUUGUGUGUUGGUUUCUAUGCACCAUUCAGGUCCACUUGUUCAUUGUCUUUUGAGCAACAAGGUUGAAUCACGUAUGAAAAUGCUAACAUUAAACACUCAUAAAAACAAAAGUGCUAUUGGGAGGUGCUGACCAGUGUUGUAAGCAAGGCACAGAUUGCCUCGAAACUUGGCCGUGUUUUGGGCGUGCGUUUCCAACAGUUCCUCAUGAGAUUAGUCGCGGGGCAAUUUGGCAGGA